GAAGAAGAAGAAGAAGAAGAAGAAGAAGAAGAAGUUUAAGUUUUUCUUCCUCAACUUGCCUCCAAGCAGCAGAAGCUCCAGAAGCUGUGAAGUCCAGCUGCAGAUUUGAAGCCUGGUUCCGACCCAAGAGCUUUGGAGCAGAGCGGUUCUGCGGUCCAGGAGUCCAGAACCCCCAGAGGAUCCUCCGAGGAGAAGCCCCUACCUCCUUGUUUCCUCGCUGCUUCCUCACAUUCCUUCCCUUCGGCCUGAAGGAGGAGACGAUCGCUGCUGCCUGAAGCCGCCUCACGGACACCUGGGCCGCUCAGAACCUCCUCCGGACCGGGAGAAGAGCUCCGCAGGGUGCAUCUCAGAACAUCUCUACCCAGAGCUUCAGCUGAAGAAUCAGAACAUCUGAGGACCAAAGAGGCUCUGGAGUUCAUCAGGCAGGACCAGAAUGAUGGAGGAGAACCAUGAGAUGAAGACGGGGGUGAAGGAGGAGAACCAUGAGAUGAAGAUUGAAAAGGAGAACCAUGUGAUGAAAACGGAAGUGAAGGAGGAGAACCACGAGAUGAAAACGGAAGUGAAGGAGGAGAACCACGAGAUGAAGAUUGAGGAGGAGGAGGAGGAGAACCAGAAGAUGAAGAUUGAGGAGGACGAGAGCCAUGAGAUGAAGACGGAGGUGAAGCAGGAGGAGAAUGAAGAGGUUAAAGUUGAGGAACACCAGGACCAGGAACCAGACCUCCACCCUGUGAACACCACCAACCAGACCGACCCAGCCUCCUCCUCUGGUCCCCCUGAUCUACAGGUGGGGAAAAUGACCCAGAAAAGAAAAGCUCCAGCAAACGAAGACACAGAUGAAGUUGUAAAGAAAAGGUUGGCCUAUGACCCCAGCGGUCCGUCGGUGAGCACCAGCAGCAGCCAAGAGGCAGAUUCCAUUGAUCUUCAGAUCGAUGACACAGCCACCAGAAUAGGUGCUGCACCAGCCCUUCUGGACAUUUCAUCAGUCUCAGCUGCCAAGAUAAUCAAAGGUCGACUCCAUAGCCUUGCCUCGGCCCAAUCACAGGACACCGCCACGACACUCACCGAACCCCCUCCAGACGAGUUCCAAGAUCUUGUUUUAACACAACCCGACUACGGUGUAAUACAUUCUACAGAGAGACAGUUCUCUAAGAACCCGUGCGUGUACAUGGGGAGGCUCCCUGGCAUAGAAAAAGACCCGGACGACACACGUUCCAACGGGAGAAGACGACCGCUGACAGACCAGGGUUCUAAUAACGGCGCGCUGGUGUUAGAGUCCAGUCGGCUCCACACCCCCCCACCUCCACCUCCACGUCUCACACCUCCACGUCUCACACCUCCACGUCUCACACCUCCACGUCUCACACCUCCACGUCUCACACCUCCACGUCUCACCGCUCCACCACCGGCUGCUGGCUGGUGGCGCCUAGCCUCCCGCUACGGUCAUACCUCACUGGUACCGCGGGGCUUCCCGCUACGCCGUGGUCAAGCUAGAGGGCGACUUUUCGCCCAUGUCAGACGCACUGCUGCGCAUCUAACUCUGACCUCACGGUAUGCAAGAUUCCCCUUAAAAAAGAAAAAAGUACUGAGUGUCGAAAAGCUACGAUCGACAUUGAAAACCCUUCAACGAGCGUUUGAUGUUGCAAAAUCCCGCAUGGAAGCCAUUCAAAGAAUUUUAAAAGUGACUGCAUCGAUAUUAGACCGGAUACCGACAUCUACAGACCAUGAAAAGCGAGUUAAGUCAAGAGCUCAGAUGUUUCUGAGAGCGGGUAUGAUCCUGCUGGACGACUGACAUGACAUUAACUAAUUAAAGCGUGACCUCUGUAACUGUGGAUAAUCAGGAGCUGGAUUUUAGUGAAACUGUGAAAGCCGUUAAUCAUCUUCAAAAUAUACUGUUCAUGUAUCAGACUCCUGCAGACGGCUUCAGAUUUAAACAAUCCUCCCUCUCAACCGCCCAGUGAUGACAAUGUUCAAGGCUCAGCCCUUGUAGAAGCAGCCGGUGUCAGCAGCAUGGCGGCCAUAUCCACCAGGGGGCAGCAGAGAGCGCUGACCACACUCAGGAAACUCAUCCACCCCUUAAUGAAUGUUAACAUUUCGAUGUUACUGAAAUAAGUCGUCCUCUCAGCGUGACUGCCUCUGCAGUAAUCAUCUGUGUGUCUCUAUUAACCCGCCACACGUCUUCAACCCGUCACCUAGCCCAGAGCUCCACAUGUUCAAUGACACGCAUUACAUUAGUGGUGAGGACGUACCUCGAAAUGUUGAUGCAACGCUAGACGAGCAUCAGUGGGACAUUCAGCCUCGCCUUACGGAUGAAAAGCUUGACGAUGAACUUUUUUGUUUUUAUGAUUUUUUAAUUUUGAGUGUAUGAUCGCUUUCUGGUCUGUACCAAAACAUUGAAAGGACAAGUUUGUUACGCUUGUGGGUUGAACUGCUUCAUUUCAGGAAACCCGGGUACAAGGUUUACUGUUGGAAUUAUUUUACUAUUCUAUGUUUUUUACUUUAUUUACUGUGUUCAUUGCAUUUAUCACAUUUACUCAUUGUUAUUAGAAAGGGUUUUAAGGUUUGAGUUUAUUCAGAUAGUGUUUUUUUUUUCAGAUGACUAAUAUCUCUUAUGUAUUAUUGUGUUUAUUAUUGUCAUUUAUUUACUGGAGCAUAUGCUUCAUCCUACCUCAUACUGUGUUUCUCUGUCUCUUAUUAUUGUAUAAAGCCUGAAGAGAUGACUCUUUUUCCAAGAACUGAACUGUGAACGGUGUUGCAUUAUCUUGAAUGUCACAUCAUAAUGAGUUUUUUUGUAACUAAGGAAGUCUCUGAACACAAUAAAGAGAGAGGAGGUACAGGAUGUGUUAUCAGAGCAGUAGGAGUUGUAACUGAGCACAUCUCUGCUGUUCUCCUCUCACAUAGUAACCAAA